GGAGGGAGAAAUGGACCUGGCCUGACCUCUCUUACUGGGUUAGCAGUUCAGAGGAGCAGGUGCUUUUUCUCCGGCCUUGGUGAGGUGGCCUGCGGAGCUGAACAGUUGGUCUCGGUCUCUGUUUACUCUCCUUUGAUAGAAGGUGCAGCUUAGAUAGUUGAAUCUUUGGCUUUUGCUGGAAGGCCAUUGGUUAAUUGGGCCUCAAAGAACAUAAUAUUAAUGAGAAUAUAUCACAGUGAGUGUGGGAUUUGUGGCAUUUAAUGACCAGAAACUCAAAUGAAAAGUACCUGAUGUAGCAUAUUGUCCUGCUAAAUAGGGUUUCUUUUGUGACUGAAAACUUUGACUUGUAUGCUGUGCCUCUGCAUUCAGGGAUCCCUGUCUUUGAGGUAAGAGCCUCAGCUGAAACCCUCUGAGUUGGCUGGAAGGUUUGUGUGCUCUUUUAUGGGUGUGGGAAGAGGAUUGACCUUACUGAACUCACACUGCACUUCCUCGAUCUGUUGCCAGGCUUUAUGUCUCAGUGGAUAAAGUCUCUCCUGUCUUUAGAAGUCACUUCAGAAUCCUAUACCAAGAAAAAGAUGCUCUUCAACUCCAGUGUAUCCACACGCAGGUGCUUUUCUGGCGUCCUGCUCCGUAACUACAGAGAUGUAGUAGGGUCUUGUGACUCUGCAGCUGCAGUUCUGAAAUACUUCCUGUCACUGCGGUGCUGAGUUUGCUCCCUGUCCCUGAGCACUUUCUUCCUGUCACUGCUGAGGUUUGAGUCUUGCCACGUGAUGGAACCUGAGUUGUCAGUUGGAGGAAGGGGGGAGAACCAAUUUUGAAGGCGCCAAUUCCAGGAUUUUCUGUGCUUCAUAUUGAUUCCAGGUUUUAAAGAAGAUGAGUCAGGACUUCCCUGGCGGUCCAGUGGUUGGGACUCCGAGCUUCCACUGCAGUGGGCACAGGUUCAGUCCCUAGUUGAGGAACUAUCAAUAGGAUCCUGCAUGCCUUGAGACACGGCCAAACAAACAAAACAGAUGAUGGGUCACAUGAUUUCUUUUCCCCUGUAUUUGUAAGGUGGAGCAGGACGUGUUGGGUCGCAUAGCGCAGAAACUGGAUGUUAGAAAAUGCACCUGGGAGGCUGGAAGUUUCUUUAAUCUUAAUCGGGCCCUAGUGGAGUUUCGUACGUUGUCUUGGCUGUUUCUGGGCCCAGGUUGUCAGUUUCCUUAAACUGAAUUAAGAUCCUCUCCUCAGGCUUUGUUUGCUGUGUUGUUGGUUUGUGGCAGGGAGACAAGAUGUGACAUUUUUGCUGGGAGCCUUGGAGUGAUUAUUUUCUCUGUGGUAAUAGUAAGGGGAAGUUGUGGGCUUUAAGAGAGUAAAAUUAAAUUUUAAGAAACGUUUUAAAAUGCCGGUAUGUCAGUGCUCCUGGGGAGUACCUGCUUUUAAUUUAUAUCAGCUUGUCUUCAACUCAGGCCCUUCCUUCGAUUACCUUCCAUUUGGACACACAAUUCUGUGUACCUUUUCCUUCUGAAAAAAGAAUGGAGAUCAGCCUGAGCCUCUGACUGCUUUCCAGAACCACUGUAUCUGCCGAGGUCACUUGCUGGAGUCCUCGUGACAACUGCAUCCAGUGCUGGUCGGGGGGUGGAGUACAGUUUAUGAUCCUGCACAAGUGCCUCCAGGCCUGUUGAUCAAUUGGACCCUGUCUCGAGGCAGCACUGACAGAUUCUUCUUCCUUCCAAGAAUCUCCAAGGUCUGCGGUCUGGUUGAAAGAUGUCGGCCCUCACUGCCCUGUUUAAGUACGUUGAUGAGAAUCAGGAUCGCUACAUUAAGAAACUUGCGGAAUGGGUGGCCAUCCAGAGCGUGUCUGCGUGGCCAGAGAAGAGAGGUGAGAUCAGGAGGAUGAUGGAGGUCGCCGCUGCCGACAUCAAGCAGCUGGGGGGCUCCGUGGAGCUGGUGGACAUUGGAAACCAGAAGCUCCCUGAUGGCUCGGAGAUACCACUUCCGCCCAUCUUACUCGGCACACUGGGCUCCGACCCGCAGAAGAAAACGGUGUGCAUUUAUGGACAUCUGGACGUGCAGCCGGCAGCCCUGGAGGACGGCUGGGACAGCGAGCCCUUCACCUUGGUGGAGCGAGACGGCAAACUGUACGGGAGAGGAGCCACCGAUGAUAAGGGGCCAGUGGCCGGCUGGAUGAACGCCCUGGAAGCCUUCCAGAAAACGUGUCAGGAAGUCCCCGUCAACGUCCGCUUCUGUCUGGAGGGCAUGGAGGAGUCUGGCUCUGAAGGCCUAGACUCGCUGAUCUUUGCCCAGAAGGACGCGUUCUUUAAGGAUGUGGACUACGUCUGCAUCUCCGACAACUACUGGCUGGGGAAGAACAAGCCCUGCAUCACCUACGGGCUCCGGGGCAUCUGCUACUUCUUCAUCGAGGUGGAAUGCAGCAACAGGGACCUGCACUCCGGCGUGUACGGCGGCUCGGUGCACGAGGCCAUGACCGACCUCAUCAUGCUGAUGGGUUCCUUGAUGGACCGGAAGGGGAGGAUCCUUGUCCCCGGCAUCAGUGAGGCAGUGGCCUCCGUGACGGACGAGGAGCUGGAGCUCUACGACAAGAUCGACUUCGACCUGGAGGAGUACGCCCGGGAUGUGGGGACAGAGACCCUGCUGCAUGACUGCAAGAAAGACAUCCUGAUGCACAGAUGGCGGUACCCGUCCCUCUCCUUCCACGGGAUCGAAGGUGCCUUCUCUGGGUCGGGGGCCAAGACCGUGAUUCCUCGCAAGGUGGUCGGCAAGUUCUCCAUCAGGCUCGUGCCAGACAUGACUCCUGAAGUGGUCACCGAGCAGGUUACGAGCUACUUGACCAAGAAGUUUGCUGAACUGGACAGUCCCAACAAGUUCAAGGUGUACCUGGGCCACGGUGGGAAGCCCUGGGUAUCCGACUUCAACCACCCUCAUUACUUGGCUGGGAGAAGAGCCCUGAAGACAGUUUUUGGUGUUGAGCCGGACUUGACCAGGGAAGGCGGCAGUAUUCCUGUGACUUUGACAUUUCAGGAGGCCACGGGGAAGAAUGUCAUGCUGUUGCCCGUGGGGUCAGCAGAUGACGGAGCCCACUCCCAGAAUGAGAAGCUCAACAGGCACAACUACAUUGAAGGCACCAAGAUGCUGGCUGCGUACCUGUACGAAGUGUCCCAGCUGAAGAACUGAGCACCGCCCUCCUCCCAUCACCUCGCGCUCUUCCCGUCGCUCAGGAACGUGGAAGCCCGUCUCUCUCCUUUCCCUCUCGUCAGAUUCUCCAGGCAUCCGGCAGUGGACACGAGACCACAUCUCAGGAUGGAGUGAACCUAUCCCGGCAGCGAUCAACGUUCAGUCCUGGGGGCUUGUAAACGACCCUGGGUGACAGCUGAAUCCUCAGUGGUGUCUCCAGAAAAUAGCCGAGGCCUAAAAGCACAGGUGCUUCUGUAGAAAGUUCUGGUCGAUGUCUCCUGGGCUGAAGAGAGGCCUUGGUGCUUCCUGGUCCCACCUCUGCCCCCAGAGCCAGGGUCGCACACACCUGGAGCAUUGAGUCGCGGGCACCUGGUGCCUCGAGGUCCAUCCUUUCUGUCCGCUGCUGUCUUGGGCACAUUCUGUCCUUUUCUCGAGACCUUAACUGUUACUGGUGUUCCACAUCUUCUCUUUACUGCGAUCCCUCAAAACCUAAACCUGCUGGGAGGGUUAUCUGAUCUCAAUCUGAGUUGCUAAAUAAAAAAUAAAAACUGAGCCUCUGGAGGA